UGUUUAACAAGUGAAGUUAUAUACAUAGCGUCGCUACUGUCUUCGUAUAGUUGCAAUUGGUGGAAGCUGAUGCUAGCGACCAGUUCAAUUUCAGCAGAAGCUUACGUUGCACGCUUCUUUGUAACAGAUUUGUAACGGAGAAUUUGUCUAUAAACAUUUAAUUUUGUUAAAAAACAUACGUGAUUAUUAAAAUUGUUUUCAUUUAAAAACCAUAAAAAUGAAAUUAGUGCAUAUAACCUGCAUUUUAUUGGUUACGACAAUCAACUGCAUUGCGAGUAACAAUGCUAGUACAACAGAAGAAGAAAUCAGUAAACCUACCAAUCAGCAGACAAUGCCUGUAGUUAAUGAUACUUUUCCUACUACAAAUUCUUCAAAUUCUACUACAACAGUUAAUACUACUACUAACAAUACUACUAAGGAUACUGUUGAUUCUGUCACUAUUGUUACAAAUAAUUCUACUAUUACUACUACUCCUACUACUAUUAGUAACAAAACUACAAAUGAUAAUAUCACUACUGUGAAUCCACUAAUAUCUCAAUCUACCUUAAAACCUACAACAUCUAUUGAAAAUAUAACUAUUACCGAAAAGUCUAUAAAUAUUAUAUCUACUAUAAAUUCAUCCAUCGUUUCAUCAACUCCUGUAAUUACUACAGUUCCAGUAUCAACAAAAGUUGCACCAUCUUAUAAAGAACGACAUUUUGAUGGUCUUAGCUUUUUAGGUGGCAUCAUUUUAGCUACAGGUUUAAUGGCAAUUGGUGCUCUGUCUUGGAAAUUUUAUAGAACAUUGAAUGAACAAAAUUACCGUACGCUAUGAUAUUACCAAGAUUGUCAUCGCGAAAAUUCCAUUUUUCAAUAAGUAAACACAGUCGUUCAAACUAAAAACUAUGAAUUUUACCAUAAUAAUAUUGCGUAUUUUUAUAACGCACUUAAGUGUCGCGUGGUUUAAGUGCUCUUAGUAAUGUGAUGUGCAAACGCGAAUUCCGUUUCUUUGUACCCAAUUACAAAGACGAAUUAUACGCAUUUUAAUAUUAUCUCUUUUUCUGUCUCUUUCUCUAUUUCUAUCUCUAUGACUGCGCAUUGUAAUAAUGUAUGCGUUUAUAUAUAAAGAAAGAAUAUUACAUAUAAAAAAAAGGUGGGGAGAAUAUAGGAUUUUAAGGAUGAAAGAGUAAAGAGAUAAAGAGAAUAGAAAAUAUAGUAUUACAAUGCGCACGCGUAACAUGCAUACGCAAGUUGACGACCAAUCAAAUUUAACACAUUCUAUCAAAAAGAUCAAUUCUGCAAUAUAACAAGUCCACGUAAUAUUUUUUGCUCAAAUGAAAAUUAUUUCAUAAAAUAUCUUUUCUUCGUUUUAUUUAUAUACUUGUUUAUAAUUUGUUAUUCGUAAAAAACAAUGAUUAAAUUAAUAUAAGCACAAUGAAAUGUACACAAAUAUAAAGGUUCCUAUGUGUAUAUUCAUAGUAAAAACAGAUAUUUAAAAAGAUUUU